AUGGGGAAGGACCUGUUCUGGGCCAUCCGAGGCGGCGGCGGCGAGAGCUUCGGCGUCGUCGUUUCCUGGAAGGUGCGGCUGGUGCCCGUGACGGAGACCGUCACCGUGUUCAGCAUCCGCCGGCUGAGGAACGAGUCCGCCGUCGACCUCAUCACCAAAUGGCAAGCGAUCGCGCCGGCGCUACCCAGGGACCUGUACCUCCGCGUGCUCGUGCAGAACCAGCAGGCCAACUUCGUCGCCCUGUUCCUCGGCCGGUGCGGAAGCCUCGUCGACACCAUGAGAGGUCACUUCCCGGACCUAGGAAUGACGGAGCGGGACUGCCAGGAGAUGAGCUGGGUGAAAUCCACCGUCUUCUUCAACUACGGCAGGGCCGACUUGCCGGCGGAGGUGCUCCUCAACAGGAGCAGCAAUCCAUACUACUACCUCAAGGUGAAGUCCGACCACGUGCAGGAGGCCAUGCCAGGGCACGCGUGGGAGAGCAUCUGGUCCAACUGGUUCGAGAAGCCCGAGGCGGCGCUGCUCAUGCUCGACCCCUACGGCGGCCGGAUGGGCAGCAUCUCGCCGUCGGCAACGCCGUUCCCGCACCGGAACUACCUCUACCAGCUCCAGUUCUACUCGGUCUGGUACGAGAACGGGACGGCGGCGCUGGAGAAGCGGAUGAGCUGGGUCAGGGGAGUGUACGAGGAUCUGACGCCAUACGUGUCCAAGAACCCAAGAGCUGUGUACGUGAACUACAGGGACCUGGACCUGGGGACGAACGAGCUGGAGGAGGGUGGUAACGUCACCAGCUACGCCAAGGCUAGGGUUUGGGGGGAGAAGUAUUUCAAAGCUAAUUUCAAGAGACUGGCGGCCGUGAAGAGCAAGGUGGAUCCUCAUGACUUCUUCAGGAACGAGCAGAGCAUCCCUCCUCUUCCUGCUGCUGCAAAAUGA